CCAAACAGCCCACUUCACUUCAGCAAUCGAGCUAACGUUCUGCUCAUCCUAAACAGGCCGCAGGCAUCAUUGAACGAUGCCGAUCACGCUGUACGCCUACGACCCGACUGGGGAAAGGGUCAUUACAGAAGAGGUGUAGCUCUGUCAGCUCUAGGAAGACAUGAAGAAGCUUUUGUAGCUUUUUGUACUAGUGUAGCAAUUGAUAAAAAUACUCAAAAUAUUCGCCAUGAAUUGACCAGAGUACUACAUCGUGUUUUAUUAAAUUUACGACGAAGUACAGUAUCGCGAGGACCAUACGUUUUUACUGAAAGCAAUGUAAGAUUAAGAAGAACCCGUGACCAUCAUCAUAAUCAUCACUAUCAUUACCGCGCAUCACGGAUUUUGAAUUCAAGUCAACGACACCGACGUCCGGCCCUUAAUUCAUCAGACUGCGAAGAUAAUAGUAGUAGCGAAGAAGAAUUUACCCAGGCAAUAUGCCGAAGGAUGAGCAACAAUGUACCUCAAGGCAAUGUUAAAUUACAUAUUUUACUAGACCGUAUUUAUCAGGAAGUUGAAAAAUUAAAAAGAGUUGAACGAAUGCCAGCUGAAAUUCUACUUCCGCCAUUGUCAGGAAGUAGUGCCGUAGCUACAGGUGAUUUGGAUUGCAUUUUGUGUUGCCGUUUAUUAUGGAAACCUGUUACAACACCUUGCGGACAUACGUAUUGUUGGAUGUGUUUAGAUCGCUGUCUCGAUUACUCAUCAGCAUGUCCACUUUGUGUUACAUCUCUCGCUGAUUACUUGGCAAGUAAUCAAAAAACGGUAACCGAAUUUGUGGAGAAAGCACUUAAGACUAUAGCACCGACGGAGUACUCAUCGCGAGCAACAAAUCACCGACUCGAGCUAAUCCAGGGUUCAGCACUUUUGGGUAACAAUCAGCACAACAUCGCGGUAUUCGUGUGUACGACGGCGUUCCCCUGUGUCGCAUGCCCGCUGUUUGUUUACGAGCCGCGAUACAGGCUGAUGGUACGCCGUUGUGUUGAGAGUGGGGUCAGGCACUUUGGCAUUGCCGCUUGCCUCAAUCGCGAAGCCACAGGUAGCAAAAGAUAUGCGGAGUACGGGACCGUUUUGGAGAUAAGAGAUAGAGUUUUAAUGAAAGAUGGAUGUAGUAUUUUAAGCACCGUGGGUGGUAGAAGAUUCCGAGUGCUCUCUGGCGGUGAAAGAGACGGUUAUGAUACUGCGGAAGUUGAACUUAUUCGUGAUUCACCGAUUCCAUUAGAAUGUUUGUCAACUGUUAGAGAACUUCAUGACAAGGUAUGGUCAAAAGGUAAAAAGUGGUGGUCAAGUGUAUCACCAAUCCAACAAGAAGAAAUAGAGCGAGUAUUUGGCGAAAUGCCAACACCGGAAGAAGACUGGAUCCGUUUACCAGACGGUCCCUCGUGGACGUGGUGGAUUCUCGCGAUAUUACCUCUCGGACCACAACUGCAGGUCGGGAUUUUGGGGACCACCAGCCUGGAAAAACGUCUCAGGGCCAUUGAAAAGACUUUGAACCACAUGGAGAAGCGGCAGCUGACGAUAACGGCAGCCCCUGCCGAAGACACGACCACGUCCUCGAGCAUUUGCCAAGACGACAAUGAUCUUACUCACUCUUCCGUUUCAGUCAUGCACUCAUAA